AGAGGACACAUCCAUAAGCCGGCGUCAUUAUUGCUCGAAGCUUCUACGAUUCGGUUGCACAAAUUAUAAUCGACGUCUAACACCUAUUAAUUUGUAGCAGAAUGUCACUGGAACAAUUGAAGGCCGAUGUCGCUGAGUGCGUUGCAUUAUUGGAGCAAGCGAAAAGUGCGCGUGUAAAAGGCGCCUUAACCCAGGCGAAGGCUGAGGCAGAACGCGAAAUUAUUAACCUAGAGAUAAAAGCACGCUUGGCGGCCGAACGUAAAGCGGGUGCAGAGACUAAGCGAUAUCUACAUGAGUUAACGGACUACGGCUGGGAUCAGAGCCCCAAAUUCAUUAAGCUGUUCAUAACGCUACCCGGUGUACAGAACUGUGCGGAGGAGGCAGUCACUGUUAACUACACGGAGCACUCGCUGCAGCUGCACGUGAGCGAUUUGAAUGGCAAAGAUUUUGGUCUGAGCGUCAACAAUCUGCUCUAUGGCAUUGAUGUUGAGAAAAGCUAUCGGAAGCUAAAGACGGACAUGGUUGCGAUAUAUUUGAAGAAGGUAGAUGAGGGUCAGAACUGGGAUGUGCUGACGUCCAUACAGAAGCGUUUGAAACAGAAGCAGGAUAGUGAAUUAUCUAAGGAUAGUGAUAACCCCGAGGGCGCAUUGGUCAACAUAAUGAAGAAAAUGUAUAACUCCGGCGAUUCAAAGACUAAGCAAUUGAUUGCCAAGGCUUGGACCGAAAGUCAGGACAAGGCACGUUUUGGCCCGGAAACUGGUGGUCUGGGCAACUUGGGCGAUCUGUAGAGUAUUAGGUUUAAUUGAAGAAAAAAUAAGAACGGUUCUAAAGAAGAAAAAAUAUAUGAACAAUAUAUGUAUAUU